GACACCUCCGUCUGAGGAGUUAACCUGUAGCAGAGAAUGUGGUUAAUCUUCUCCGCACAGUCGCGGAGGCUUUAAAGCGCUGGGCAGCUUCCUCUCUACCACUCCGAAGCAAACUUCAAGACGUCAACAUGAAGUUUGCGGUUGUGUCCAAGAAGUUGUGGUGCGCUCACAAAGUGCUGGUGCUUCUGAUCACACCUCUGAUUUUUUCGCCUUUGCUUGUGACCUUGCCUGAAAAGGAAGGAAGGUGUCUUUAUGUGGUGUUGCUGAUGGCCGCGUUUUGGUGCUCGGAGGCCCUCCCUCUGGCCGUCACCGCCAUGCUACCCAUCUGCCUCUUCCCAACGCUGGGGAUCAUUCCUGCCCAAAAAAUCUGCCCUCAGUACUUCCUCGAAACCAACUUUCUCUUCUUAAGCGGCCUGGUGCUGGCGUCAUCUAUUGAGGAGUGGGGACUCCAUCGCAGGAUAGCGCUGAAAGUUCUCAUCAUUGCAGGUGUCAAACCAGCCUGGCUCAUACUGGGCAUGAUGAUGACCUCAUCCUUCCUGUCCAUGUGGCUCAGCAACACGGCCACGACAGCCAUGAUGCUCCCCAUCGCCAACGCCAUCCUGGAGAGUCUCUUCGGUGAUCUGGAGAGCCUCAAACAAAAAUGCAGGCCAAUGGAGGAUCGCGUCAAUGGUCAGUCCACUAAGAUGCAUCCACUGCCCUCAGUGGCCUCAGAGAAACAAAUGUUAUCACUUGAGGGGUUGGACGCAGCAAACGAGAAUGACAUGAGGACAGCCGAGGAGAUCCGCUCCGAGUCGGAGUAUCAGAUGAGAGUGUGGAAAGGCUUUCUGGUCUGCAUUCCUUAUGCGGCCAGUAUCGGAGGAACCGCCACACUGACGGGAACUGCGCCCAACCUCAUCCUGAUUGGACAGCUGAAAAACAAUUUUCCAGAGUGUGAUGUCAUCAAUUUUGGCUCUUGGUUUGCAUUUGCUUUCCCGCUCAUGCUCGUCUUCCUGCUUUUGGGAUGGCUAUGGAUCGCAUUCCUCCAUGGAGGCUUGAACAGACGCUUGUGCUUCAAGAAGCAUGACAGAAGAGCAGAAGAAGAGGCCCAAGCUCGGGCUCUCAUUGAAGAGGAUUACAAAAAACUUGGGCCUUUAAAUUUUGCGGAGGGGGCCAUCUCUUUCUUCUUUGUCUUGUAUGCUGUUCUCUUAUUCACAAGGGAUCCUAAAUUUGUAACCGGAUGGUCUGUCUUCUUUAAGAAGGGCUAUGUGUCAGACGCGGUCACCGGUGUGAUCGUUGUGUCCAUAUUAUUUUUCUUCCCGUCACAGAAACCUUCUCUUGGUUGGUGGUUGGACCCCAAAGCCUCAAACGCGCCAUACGUUCCUCUCCUAUCAUGGAAGAAAGCCCAGGAGGCUGUUCCUUGGAAUAUCAUUCUGUUGCUUGGAGGUGGCUUUGCCAUGGCUCAAGCGUGUGAGGAGUCCGGACUGGCCUCCUGGAUCGGAGGCUACCUCCAGCCUUUGGUCAAGGUCCCGCCUGCUGUGGCCAUGAUGUUGAUCACAGCUUUCGUGGCCUGUUUCACAGAGAUCGCCAGCAACACCGCCACCAUUGUCAUAUUUUUACCAAUUAUUGCUGAACUGGCGUUUCAUGUGUCUGUGAAUCCACUGUACUUCAUGAUUCCUGCUACAAUUGGGAGUUCGUACGCUUUCAUGUUACCGGUGUCCACACCACCCAACUCCAUCGCAUUUGCCUCCGGCCACCUCAUGGUCAAAGACAUGGUCAAAACUGGCUUUGUCAUGAACAUUCUGGGCCUCCUCUCAAUCAUGCUGGCCAUAAACACGUGGGGCAUGGCCAUGUUUAACUUGGACACCUAUCCUGACUGGGCUCACCCUCUCAACCAGUCUGCUGUCCACACACUAAAUGCUACUCCCUGACCACGCAACUGGUUUUGGUACGAAACAGAGACUAACAAAUUGUUUGGAAUGGAAGGAAACCCUUUUAGUGUUCAGCUGCUACCUUUUUACAGCAGGAGUAGGGAACCCCGGUUCCUCGAGAGCCACAUCCUGCCUGUUUUAGAUCCCUCCCUACUUUAACACACCUGAUUCAACUGCGCAUGAUCAUUUCAGGUCUCUUCAGCGCUUGUUGAUGAGCUGAUCAUUGGAAUCAGGUUUUUUGGAGUCGGGAGGGAUCUCCAACAGGCGGGAUAUGGCUCUCGAGGAACUGGAGUUCCCUACCCCUGUUUUAUAGUUUUAAGUUUUAUAGAUUCCCUCAGGAUCCCUCCAAUGCACUUUGGAUCCUCUUUUGGGCACGAAAAAUACAUUUUUCAUGGGGUGCACGGCAUGCAUUCAUAAAUGAAGCAAAAUUAUGUAAACACUGUAAAAUAUCAAAUCCUUUUAGCAUUUAUUAUCCAUCCAUUAUCCAAACCGCUUCUCCUCACGAGGGUCGCGGUCAGGCAGGAGCCUAUCUCAGCUGUCUUCGGGCAGGAGGUGGGCUACAUUCUUAACUGGUCACAAAUGAUAACACUUUGUCCCACUCACAGCCCACAGAAGAGAGGUCUGGGGUCAGCAUCUGUAGUUCUUAAACUUUUGUGUGUUUUGACCAAACCUUGUCAUGACAUGGACAAGAUGCAUAGCACGUCAAAGUGAAGUUAAACAGUUAUGAACAACAUAUUUUCUGGAAUCGGGAAAAACAAGUUGGACAUGCUGUCCUCUCUUGAGACAGAACGAGGACCCCCAUGUGCGGUGUGCUACAAAACGUUAGCAGUCACAUGGCUCACAGCAAUGGUUAACUUACACAAGGCUCCUGAGGUUACUUAGUGUCAGCGGUGUCGCUGCAAAAGGCUUUCAAUGCAAAACCUUGAGCCACAGAAGUCACCUGGGAAUGGCUUUAGGGCCAUGACAAGUAUUGAUUACCGGUAAUCAAAAUUUAAACCAUGAUUCACUCAUGUGAAUGCACAUUCUUUUCAUUAUAAUUGUCUAAAUUAUGCAACUGAUCAAGUGUAUUUAUGAAAAGGAAAUAUUGUAUAAUUUGUU